UUUUCUCAUCUAUUGAAUCUCAGAGUUCGCCGUGUCGCGCGGCCCAAGGGAAGACCGCAUAGAACACACAGAAUGCUACGAUCAUCGAGAGUUCCGAGCCGCUGUUUGGUAGAUGGGAGUCGCUUUUUCCACUUAGCCUUUUAAGAGAAAUAACUUUUUUUGAAGAGAAACGGUGAAUGUGCGAAGCGGUGGAGACCUCCGAAUCACGAAAUGUUGGGAUGGAAGGCGCAGACUUUGACUCGCCGUGUCCAACAGGAGAAUGAAGUACUUUACGGGGGUGAGAUCACCGAGAGUGAAACUUUGUUGCCUUGGGACAUUACCACACGCAAUCGGGGAAAUAUUAUAACGUGGAAAAUCAGAACCACCACGAAGUCUCCGCAACAUGGCCUCGGCUGCUAAUGUCUCCUCUGAGCAGGAAAACAGGGACCCCGAUCGGCCGAGGAUAACGCGGAGGAACAGGGGGAACAAUCGCACAACAGCGCUGGAUUUGGAGUAUUUGCAGCGGCCAAGUUACUGCGAUGCCGCGUUCGCUUUGGAGCAAAUAUCUGAGGGAAAGGCGACUGGAAGAAAAGCACCGCUGUGGCUGAGAGCGAAAUUUCAGAGACUCUUGUUUAAGUUGGGCUGUUACAUACAAAAGAACUGCGGAAAGUUUUUGGUUGUGGGCCUCUUGAUAUUCGGAGCUUUCGCUGUUGGCUUACGGGCAGCUAAUCUGGAAACCGACAUGGAGAAACUCUGGGUGGAAGUAGGCGGCCGGGUGAACCAGGAACUGAAGUACACACGUCAGAAGAUGGGCGAGGAGGCCAUGUUCAAUUCCCAGCUGAUGAUCCAGACAGCACAGCAGGAGGGCGCUAACGUGCUCACUGUGGAGGCCCUCCAACAACACCUGGACUCAGCUAUCAGGGCCAGCCGAGUGCACGUUUACCUCUUUAACAGACAAUGGAAAUUAGAACAUAUAUGCUACAAAUCAGGAGAACUUGUUACUGAAGCUCACAUUAUGGACCAGAUUAUUGAGCAACUCCACCCCUGUCUCAUCAUCACGCCCCUGGAUUGUUUCUGGGAGGGAGCCAAGCUCCAGUCUGGAAUGGCCUACCUCCCAGGUAAGCCCCCUCUGCAGUGGACCAACUUUGACCCCAAGGAGUUUCUGACGGAGCUCCGGGCCAUGAACGUCCAGGUGGACAUCUGGGAGGAGAUGCUGGAGAAGGCUGGGGUGGCCCACGGCUACAUGGACCGCCCCUGCCUCAACCCCCGAGACCCCGACUGUCCCCUCACCGCCCCCAACAAGAACACCACCAAGCCCUUCGAUGUGGCUCGUAUCCUGACUGGCGGAUGCCACGGCCUCUCCCAGAAGUACAUGCACUGGCAAGAAGAGCUGAUCGUGGGCGGGACCACCAAGAAUGGCACCGGACGACUACUUAGGAAUCUUCCAACCAGGACGCCCGGAAAACCAUGGCAAUUUGGCAAUGUCUCCAGAAUGUUGAGGAUUGCCCAGGCAUUACAGACCAUGUUCCAGCUCAUGACCCCUAAGCAGAUGUUUGAGCACCGGAAGGGCUAUGAUGAUGUGUCCCAUAUCAACUGGAACGAAGACAAGGCCGCAGCCAUACUGGAGGCAUGGCAGAGGAAGUACUCUGAGGUGGUUCACCACAGCGUGGCAGCCAACUCGUCUCAGAAGGUUUUGUCGUUUACUACCACCACCCUGGAAGACAUCAUCAAGUCAUUCUCUGAUGUCAGCGUCAUACGUGUCGCCAGUGGCUACCUGCUCAUGCUGGCCUAUGCCUGUCUGACCAUGCUCCGCUGGGACUGUGCCAAGUCGCAGGGAGCUGUAGGACUGGCCGGUGUCCUCUUGGUGGCGCUGUCUGUGGCGGCAGGCCUGGGGCUCUGUUCUCUGCUGGGCAUAUCUUUCAAUGCAGCCACCACACAGGUGCUACCGUUCUUGGCUCUAGGCGUGGGUGUGGACGAUGUGUUUCUUCUGGCCCAUGCUUUCAGUGAAACCGGACAAAACAAGAGGAUCCCCUUUGAGGACCGUACAGGGGAGUGUUUGAAGAGGACAGGAGCGAGUGUGGCUCUCACUUCCAUCAGUAACGUCACUGCUUUCUUCAUGGCAGCUCUCAUCCCCAUACCUGCUCUAAGAGCCUUCUCUCUUCAGGCCGCGGUGGUGGUGGUGUUUAACUUUGCCAUGGUGCUGCUCAUCUUCCCUGCCAUCCUCAGUAUGGAUCUGUAUCGCAGAGAGGACCGCCGCUUUGACAUCUUCUGCUGCUUUUACAGUCCGUGUGCUAACAGGGUUAUCCAGAUCGAGCCCCAUGCCUACCUAGACGGAGUGGACGGCAGUCGCUACAACCCCCCUCCCACCUCCUACAACCCCCCUCCCACCUCCUACUGCACCCCCCCUCCUACCUCCUACUGCACCCCCCCUCCCUCCUACAGCAGCCACGGUUUCUCCCAGCAGACCCAGAUCACCAUGCAGUCCACGGUUCAGCUGCGGACAGAGUACGACCCCCGGACCCAGGCCUUCUACACCACCGCUGAACCCAGGUCUCAGAUCUCUGUCCAACCCUUCACCCCGGCGCCCCCCGGCCCCGCCAACGCAGGCCAUGGGGGUCGCGCCAACAGUAGCCAGCACGCCGCACAUUCCAGCCGGAGCGGGUGUAGCGGCAGUCGCGGCAACCUCAACAACAGCAACGUCGGCCGAGGGUCCGGUUCGGCCGCGUUCCCGCCCCCAUCCCCCUCCGGUGCCCCCCCCUUGUCCCCCCACGCACGCGAGGGCGUGUGCGUGCCCGGGGGGAGUACCAGCUCCCACAGGGACCUGCUGGCCCAGUUUGGGGAGGCCUCCCUGGGUCUCCGCUGUCCAGAGCCGCCCUGCUCCCGGUGGACCCUGGCCUCUUUUGCUGAGAGACACUACGCCCCCUUCCUACUGCAGCCGACCACCAAGGUGGUGGUCAUCCUGCUGUUCCUGGUCCUGCUGGUGGUCAGCCUGUACGGGACCACCCGGGUGCGAGACGGCCUGGAGCUGACCGACAUCGUCCCCCGGGAGACCAGCGAGUACGACUUCAUCGGGGCCCAGUUCAAGUUCUUCUCCUUCUACAACAUGUACGUGGUGACCCAGCGGGCGGAGUACGCCCAGGCGCAGCCUCUUCUCUACCAGCUCCACCAGCGCUUCAGCACAGUGCGCUACAUCCUGAGGGAGGACAACGGACAGCUUCCCCGCAUGUGGCUCCACUACUUCAGGGACUGGCUGCAAGGUCUGCAGGCAGCGUUCGACCAGGACUGGGAGGCUGGUCGGAUCACACAGAGCAGCUACAGUAACGGUUCUGACGACGGCAUCCUGGCCUACAAACUACUAGUACAGACAGGACGCAGGGACAAGCCCAUUAACUUAAACCAGCUGAUGAGGCAACGCUUGGUAGAUGCAGAUGGCAUUAUCAACCCGGGGGCAUUUUAUAUCUACCUGACGGCAUGGGUCAGCAACGACCCAGUGGCAUACGCCGCCUCACAGGCCAACAUCCGGCCACACCCCCCAGACUGGCACCACGACCGCACAGACUUGAUGCCUGAGAUACGCCUCAGCAUUCCAGCCGCAGAGCCAAUCGAAUACGCACAGUUUCCCUUCUACCUCAACGGGCUCCGCGAGACCCCCCAGUUUGUGGAGGCCAUCGAGUCAGUGCGAGCCAUCUGCAGCAACUACAGCCGCCAGGGCCUGCCCAGCUACCCCAACGGCUACCCUUUCCUGUUCUGGGAGCAGUACGUAGGCCUGCGACACUGGCUUCUGCUCUCCAUCAGCGUGGUACUGGCGUGCACCUUCCUCGUCUGUGCCCUCUUCCUCCUCAACCCCUGGACUGCCGGCAUCAUCGUGCUGGUCUUGUCCCUGAUGACCGUGGAGCUGUUCGGUAUGAUGGGCCUCAUUGGGAUCAAGCUCAGCGCCGUGCCCGUGGUUAUCCUGAUCGCCUCUGUCGGCAUCGGGGUGGAGUUCACCGUCCACGUGGCUCUGGCGUUCCUCACAGCGAUAGGGGACCGUAACCGGCGGGCGGUGCUGGCGUUAGAACAUAUGUUUGCACCGGUGUUGGACGGAGCCUUCUCCACCCUGCUGGGAGUCCUCAUGCUGGCGGGCUCCGAGUUCGACUUCAUCGUCAGGUAUUUCUUCGCUGUGCUGGCCAUCCUGACCGUGCUGGGGGUCCUGAACGGACUGGUCCUCCUCCCGGUGUUGCUGUCUUACUUCGGCCCCUACCCAGAGGUGACCCCUGUGGAUGGGCGUAGCCGGCUGCCGACCCCGUCCCCCAAUCCCCCGCCUCACGUGGUCCACUUCUCGGUGCACCCCCGCCGCCCCACCUCCGGGGCGGGGACGGGUUCCGACUCGUCCGAUUCCGAGUACAGCUCCAACACCACGGCGUCGGGCCUCAGCCGGGAGCUGCAGCAGUACCAGCCCACCUCCAGUCGAGCCAGGCCCGGGAGAGCAGAGGAGGUGCAACCGGACGUACAGAUCGGCCGGAGCAGGGCCGUCAGGACAGAGGAGGUGCGACUGGGAGCGGGGCAGAGGACAGUAAGGCAUGGAGACGCCUCUGCCUACUCUGUUUCUUCUUCGGUUCCGGCGGAGUCAGGAGUCCACCCUAGUGUAUCCCGUCGCUUCAGCAAGAGGGACUUACAGUCACCCCCACCGGACCACCCACGCACAGAUGCUUUCGAAACCGCUACCGAUGCCGGAAGCCAUCCCACCCCCACCAGCCACAGAGAACGCUCGGCGGGGCCAAGGGCCCGCCCUUCCCACAACCCCCGGCCCAAUCACCACCAACCUCACCACCCUUACCCUGCCCCCACAUACUGCCAGCCCAUAACCACGGUAACAGCGUCCGCGUCAGUCACCGUGGCCGUCCACUCCGCCCCCCUCCCCAAUCAGAGCCCCGCCUCCUCUUACCCGGGACACACUGCAGCGGAAAGUUACCACACAGCGGGGGCCGCGGAACCUGCUUUUCAGGACCCCCACGUGCCACUGGAGGUUCAUAUGUGCCGCAGAAGAACCAAGAUGGACACCAGUGUGGAGUCCAUGGAGCUUCAGGACAUGGAAUGUGAGGCAGCUGAGAGCGACUGUGGCAGGGGGCCAAGCUGAGUGCUGGAGAGCGGAAGCACAGCAGCCAAAGAUGGACUCCCUCUCCCGCUCAGCAGAACUCGGCAGCGCAGCGCCACCCUGAACCAAGCAUGGUGCUCAUAGUUACUGUAGCCCAGUGAACGUUGGACUUAGUUAUCUGUAUCCAUAUUUAAAAGAUGUACACUUAUGUAAAUAUGAACAACAAAGUAGCUAUAUAUAGGAGCUGUACAACUCCUUUUUAAACAGAUUGGGGGCGACUUUUUUAUGGUAUGUAAGUGUGUGUGUGCGGGUUUGUGUGUGUGUGUGUGUGUGUGUGUGUAAAGAACUCUGAUUACUGUUCACUCAUCUGUGGAUCUGUGCCAUGAGGAAGCUUCAUCUAGACAAUACAUUUCAGCAUACAUUGUUGCUGCUUAAGAUAUUUUGUAUUAAUGCAAAAUAAUUAUGUAUAAUAACUUGUAUAAUAAUUCUAUGCAAAUAUUUCUUUUACGUUAGAGAGUGUUGAGUGUGUAAACGUGAUUUUGUGUGUGUGUGUGCUCAUCUCUAAAAAGAAAUAGAUCAACAGUCACGUCAUGUUAGAUACACAGUAACUACAUUGGGUGUGUGUGUGUGUGUGUGUGUGUGCGCAUGUGUGUGUGUGUGCAGAGACGUGUGCGUGCGUAUAUGUGUAUGUUUGUAUAUAAAGGUACGCUUUUUUUUUUUACAAUUAAUUUGCUUAUCACAAACCUGUGGUAUUUAUGAAACAAUUAUUGUUGACAUUUGACUCACGCUAUGCGUGCUAUUUAAGACGGGCAGAUAUGAAGAAGAUAAGAGGUGUUUGUAGUUUUAGUGUCUGCGAUUGAGCACGGUUCUGCUCUGUUGCUGUUUAGUUGUCCAGGGAUUGUUUUACUGUAAAAGGCCACGUGGGCCUAAGCUCUCCCUUGGACUCAAUUACCCAUCUCCCCCCUUUUCUUUGACGUCACAGCUCACAGUAACCUGACUGGGGUUAGAAGUAUCACUCCCGUAGUUAAUGCAUAUUCCGAUCGGAAGACAACAUUCACAUAGUGAUAUCCAAGUAGUGGAAGCCAGUAUGGAGGAUUUUGUCGCGUGACAUUCGCAGCUUUAUUCCUGAGCCCUUAUAUGUUGUUCUUGUUGUUAAUUCAUGAGUGUAUCCUCUGUUAUUGGAACCGUGAAUAUACAUCGUUGUACUCCCUCUCUCUCUAGCGAUAAGCUAAAGCUAGGGUGUCACCCAACUCAGCCCGGCACUUGACUGCAUUACACAUUUUACGGAUAAGAAACUCCGCAUUGCGCUCUUUCUCCCUACUCAACCAAUAAGCUAUCACGUCCAGAGAGCUAAAGGGUUAAGCACUAUCCGGCCUAAUGAUACUCAGUGUAUCUGUGUGCGCGUGUGUGUGCGUGUGUGUGUCCCUCCGUCCUCUCUCUGCCCUAGGUAGCAACAGCAAAGACAACUGGCCACACUGAAGCUCCAAGUCCAUCCCUACUGACCCCACCUCGUAAAAACCCCAACGCCAUGAUGCUAAUUGGAAGUUCCCCCUCGACUGCCGAAUGGCACAGGCCAGAGCCUCAGGGGUCAGGGUUCACCAAGCUACCCCCCCCCCACCCACCCACCCACCAGUCUAAUAUAUGUGUUACUCACAUCUUGCAAGCUCCGGCAUAUGUCACCCCCCCCCCCCAACCCCUACGCAAUCAAUUCCAAAUUCCCCAUCGAUGUACACAGAUUUCCUGUUUCACACAUGUAGCUAUGUGUGUCCUGAUAGGAUCUCCUCCAUCGCCCCUAUAGAAGUCUUUAAUGUGUUCUGAUAGGAUCUCCUGACAAGAUUUUCACCACUGUCCUUAGAAGUCUUUAAUGUGUCCUGACUGGAUUUUCACCAUUGUCCCUAGAAGUAUUUAAUGUGUCCUGACAGGAUUUCCACCAUAGUCCCUAGAAGUCUUUAAUGUGUCCUGACAGGAUUUUCACCAUUGUCCCUAGAAGUCUUUAAUGUGUCCUGACAGGAUUUCCACCAAUGUCCCUAGAAGUCUUUAAUGUGUCCUGACAGGAUUGCCACCAAUGUCCCUAGAAGUCUUUAAUGUGUCCUGACAGGAUUGCCACCAAUGUCCCUAGAAGUCUUUAAUGUGUCCUGACAGGAUUGCCACCAAUGUCCCUAGAAGUCUUUAAUGUGUCCUGACAGUAUUUCCACCAAUGUCCCUAGGUUGUGUCAGCUGCUUGUGUGAGAUUCUGUUGUUUUUUGUUUUCUCCUGAUGUUACAUUGGCAGUAAUAGAGGUAAAUCAUGGCUGGCAACUAUUUUCUUCAUUUUGUAAUGUUUUGUUUUUCAACUUCGGAUUUGCGAUAUUUAUAUUUUUGUAUUAUAAGAUGUUUUUCUUGUCAUUAUUGGUCAUGAAUGCCAGUGGAUAACAAAUGCAGGGAUUUUUAUGUCUAUUGAAAAACACUAUUACAGUUAUUGUUUUGACGUGAACCAAGUUUGAUCUGUAUAAAGUGCUUACUAAUGUUAAAUAGAAAACAAAGGCGUAUAUAACAUUUACACUACAAGACUCAUCAUAGCUCUUAGAGGAUUUUAAAAGGAAAAAAGAAUAAUCAAUGGUUUUCUACAGACUGCCAUUUGGAUCCGGUUGGAGAGGUUAUAUGUAUGUUGUUUCAGUUACAAAGAUAAAUGUAUGCCAUAUAAUUUAUUUAUAUGAAAAUUUAUUUUUGUAGUGUACAUAGUAGUUGUCAAGUAAUUUGACAGAAGUAUAUUUUUAAAGAGUUUAUAUGUAAUGAUACCAUAACAGAGAAAAAUCCUAAGGUGCACACUUUCAUUGCUAACUGGCUCUCGGACGACAUUGACAGACAGGUCCCACUCAGUAUUAUCUAUCCUAGGAGAGAGAACUCAGAAAGCUGUUUCUAUGGGUUUGUGAAAGGCUAGCCAUGAAAGUAGAAAUUGUACUAGCUCUCUAAGUUAAUGUUCAAACACUGAUAGAAUUCUAACAAAUAAAAAUAUUAUAACUUA